UCUGUUCUCAGGUUAUUAGAGAGCUCGUUCCUCAACGCCGAAGUGAAAGAAGGGGAAAUUCUCCCACCCACCAUUCAGAGGCUGAUGAAAGGAUACAACAAGUACCUCAGGCCUUUCUUUGACAAUGGUCCUGUAACGGUGGGUAUGAGCUUGGACAUCGCCAGCAUUGACACCAUAUCGGAGAUAAACAUGGACUACACGGCCACCAUAUUUCUCCGCCAGCGGUGGACAGACGAGCGCUUGGUGUUUGAGGGCAACAAGAGCCUGAGCCUGGACGGGCGGCUGGUGGAGCUGCUCUGGGUCCCGGACACGUUCAUCGUGGACUCCAAGAAGUCAUUCCUGCACGACAUCACCGUGGAAAACAGACUCAUCCGCAUCUUCCCCAACGGGACUGUCCUUUAUGCGUUGAGGAUCACCACCACGGUGGCUUGCAACAUGGACCUGACAAAAUACCCCAUGGACAAGCAGACCUGCACACUACAACUGGAGAGCUGGGGCUACAACAUCAAUGAUGUGAUGUUCUACUGGACCAGAGGAAAUGAGUCUGUCAGUGGGUUAGACACUCUUCAGCUGGCUCAGUACACCGUGGAGGACCACUACACGUCAGUCUCAGAGGCCGUCUACGAAACUGGGAAUUACCCCAAGCUGGUUUUCCAUUUUGAGCUGAAGAGGAGCAUUCUGUAUUUCAUCCUGGAGACGUAUGUCCCUUCAAGCCUGCUGGUGGUCCUCUCAUGGGUGUCCUUCUGGAUCUCCCUAUCUUCUGUUCCGGCACGCAUUUGCAUAGGUGUGACCACAGUACUGACCAUGACCACUCUGAUGAUGGGAGCUCGGACAUCGCUGCCCAAUGCCAACUGCUUUAUCAAGGCCAUCGAUGUCUACCUGGGCAUCUGCUUCAGCUUCAUCUUUGGGGCGCUCAUUGAGUACGCCGUGGCCCAUUUCUGCAUCCUCACCCACGCCGACGCUCACAUGCUCAUGGUACCAUGGGGCACCAUGGCUAACUACGGCCACCACCUGCACGACAUGGACGACGAAAUGAACGGCAUCGUCACCACCAUCUCCACUCAGUCCAGAGCCAAGAGACGCAAGGAGCCCGCGGCCACCCCUCCCUCGGCUCCCUCAUCGACGGAGCUGGCUGUCAGGCCAUCCAGCCCCACGGGCAGCGAGCCCAAGCCCGAGGCACCCCCCCCGGAGCCCACCAACCGGUGCCUCGUUGUCCUGGCUACCCUCCGCAAAAUCCUGGGCGCCAUAAGUUUCUGUCAUGUGGAGAACCCCUACCACAUAGACAACUACUCCAGAGUCAGCUUCCCGCUGUCUUUCGUAAUCGUAAACUUGCUCUACUGGACGUAUUAUUUGUAUUUCUAGUGUUUGCUCGAGUGCAGCAUGUGUCCCGGAGGGUAAGACUGAGAGCGUGUGUAGAAAACAAGUGUAUUUAACUGUAUUUAUGUAUGUACAGGAAAUGUUACUUGGGUUCGUUCUGAGCUGAGUUUGUACAAUUUCUACAUUUGGAUUCAGGAGUUUAGUAGCAUAAUCGUGUAGAUGCUUAUGAGUACAGCUUCAUUUGAAAUAUUUUCAUUUUUUUGCGUUGGAUCGCAACUUCAAACUUUAGAGGAGGUUUCUUUAAGAAAAAAAAAAGAAAAAAGACCUGUCUCAUCCCCAAAUUACUAACCAAAAAUAUUUUCAAAAACUGCGUCGAAAGAGAACGAGUGGUCUUUGGUGGUUUCAUUGCAUUCUAAGGUUUUAUGUUACAUCAUAUAAGAAAAAGUCUUCAGUGUCUUGCUAGUUUUUUUAAUUGGAUAAAUACAACCUGGGAUUCAUCAUUUAUUUAAGAAAAACUAAGCCACAGUGCAAAAACGUGUGAAAAACUAAGUACAUCCUAAUAUGUAAUACCAUCAAUUAAAAAAGGAAACGGAUUUAAUGGCUGUGAUCAAAGGUUAUGGCUUAAUUUAUGAUUGUAACAGUCUUUCCCGUCAGUUUGGAAUGAUUUCUGCAUAGUUUUUUAUGAAACAUUCCUGUAAUUCAUAGAGAUUUGCCAACAUUUAAGUACAAUAUCCAAAUUUAGGCUGGGACUCUAGGUUGUUGCAAGACCUUGAUUCUUUUCUGUUAGGAGGCUGGCCUCAGAUUUGACUAAGGUACACAGACCAGUUUACGGUUGGUCCAACAUCUGGCUUCCACCACUCUGUUAAAGUCGGUGGGAUCUGUUUAUGUUGAUGUUUUCCGGGUCAAAAGAUUUGUGGUUUUUUCUGCUGAUCGAGGCCAAUUGCUCUUUUUUCAGACUUCUGGCACCACGAACAUUAACAAAUGGUUUGCU